AUGGCGGAUGACGAGAUUCCGUUCCCCCCAGGCUUUGGAGUGAAGGACAUCGUAGCCUGGGGGAGCACUGGUCUCGUUGUCCUUGAUUCGGCCACACAAACAGUUAUAAAAACACCAUUCGACCCAGAGCAGGACGCACUUAUUCAGAGAGAACGAGAGAUCUAUAAGAGGUUAGUCGAAAGGGGGAAACACCCGGGUACACUGUCAUACAUUGGCGAAGUCAACGGAAACAGCAUACGUCUUGAGUAUGCCUCGAAUCAUGAUAUGCGGUCCUACCUUAAGCAACAAGGCGUUGAUUCAGGUACCCGGCUUGGUUGGAUGAUCCAGAUCGCCGAUGCUCUCGCUUUCGUUCAUGACGCAGGCAUCAUCCACGGUGAUCUCACGAGUACAAAUGUGUUCUUAGACGACAAGAUGAAUGCCAGACUGGCCGAUUUUGCAGGAUCAUCCAUCGACUCAUCGGCACUCCUCAUCCACGUUACUCCCAGCCACGAAUACCCAGGAAACCUCUUGUCGCCGCAAGGAGACAUCUUCGCGUUGGGCUCUGUAUUCUACGAAGUCACGACUGGGAAGAGGCCGUACGCCGGGCUCGACGAUCACAUUAUCAGGUCAAAGUUUCAGAAAGGAGACUUUCCUGACGUAUCGUCUCUAGGCGGCUUAGGGCACGUUAUCAGGACCUGCUGGGAUGGUGGCUAUGAGGACAGCAAAAUUUUGGUCAAAGAUCUUGAAAGUCGGUGA